AUGCAGAAGUAUGAGGGUGUUAAGGAAGGGCCUAAACCAAGAGAAAUUAUACAGAUUAUGCGUACAGAACAUGGUUGCGAGAUCUCGUAUGAUCAAGCAUGGGAGUCCAAAGAGUAUGCAGAAAAUGCUGUAAGAGGUAAAUACAAGGGAGUUCUGCUCGUCGCUAGAGCUUUAGAUGGUAACUCGAAUCUGUAUCCAAUUGCUUUUGGUGUUGUUGAUUCAGAGAACGACUUGUCGUGGGAGUGGUUUCUAAGGCAACUAAACGCAGUCAUCGCAGAUGAUCAGUUGUUGGCGUUUAUUUCUGAUCGAAACACUUCUGUCCUUAAAGCACUAGCUAAAGUGUUUACACAGUCUACACAUGGAAUUUGCAUCCACCAUUUGUUGAAUAACGUUGUCACAUUUUUCAAGACAAAGGGUUUGACUGGUUUGAUUGCAAAGGCAUCAAAAGAAUAUCGAGUUGCUGAUUUUGAGAGGAAGUUCAAUGAUAUUAAGAAUAUUAGUCCGCUUGUUGGAAAUUAUCUGGUUGAGGCUGGCAUCGAAAAGUGGGCUCGUUGCAAAUUUUCAGGAUUCAGGUAUGAUGUUCGAACCACUAACCCAGCCGAAUCGAUGAAUACUGCAUUGAGAUCACCUAGAGAGUAUCCACGUGGACGAUUAAGCGCAAAGCAUAAGGACCCUUUAACCAUUGAGGUUGAGAAAAAGAUUGGUAGGAGGAUUGAAAAGGGUAAAACAUUUAUUGUUUAUCCGGUUAACCAGAAUCAGUUUCUUGUUAGAGGUGACAAAAUUGACUGCCUGGUUGAUUUGGAGCUUAGAUCGUGUUCUUGUGGAAAGUACGACUUGCUGAAAAUUCCUUGCAGACACGCCAUUAAAGCAGCUUCUUCAGUGGACAAAGAACUACAACCACUAACUGAUGACAUGUACACUACUGCAACAUGGAGAAAGGCUUACGAGGAAUGCAUUAAUCCAAUAGGUGUUCCUGAGGAUUCAUGGCAAGUUCCGGUGGAUGUUGAACACGCCAGAGUUCUACCACCAGAAACACGAAGAGCAGCUGGUCGAAGAAAAAAGCGACGAUACGAAACGAUGGAGGACAAGAUACGCUCCUCACAAGGAUCUCAAGGAUCUAGGAAACACAAGUGUAGCCGCUGUGGUGUUGCAGGUCACAAGAGAGGGACAUGUGACAUACCAAUAUAG